AUGGCGAUGCCAGGAUUGCAACGAGUUCUUGCUGCAUCGGGUGGGGCUCAUGGUGCUCGGGCAUACCGCAAAUUAACGGGUGCCGGGGUUUUUUUUCAGCCGUACCUGCUGCGGGCAGUGGAGGAAAAAAGAGGGAUGUGGUCCUGUUCGGCAUUACAACUGCGAAGAAAAUUUGUCGUGUCUGCUGCCUUUGCGAGUGCCAUGACACACGCACGACGAUGGCAGAGCAGCACGGGGGCGGCAGAUUACUACACUCUUCUUCGGGUGAGGCCUGACGCCUCCGCGGAUGAAAUCAAGGCGUCGUAUAAGAAACUUGCUUUGCAAUACCAUCCCGAUCGCAACAGCGACCCAGGGGCCGAGGAGAUGUUUAAAAACAUCUCGGAGGCAUACCAUGUGAUUGGCAACAAGGAGCGUCGAAAGGAGUAUGACGGGAGACGUGCUGCUUCCUCCUUUUCAGGCGGAGGCUCUGGGAGCGGGUUUUCUACCGGAUAUGCUCAGCAAAGCCCCCCGGGCUAUCAACAUAUGUCGAAGGAGGAGGCGGAUCGUCUAUUUCGCGAAUUGUUUGGCGGUAUGCGAGUUGAUCAGAUAUUUCGCGAUUUUGAAGAAGAAAUGCGACGCAGCAGUAUGGGCGUUAGACAGGGCCGCACUUCAUCGGAGUUUGCUGAGAAUGAACAGGCCUUUCGACCCUUCUUUCGCGGUGGGUCAACCCGUGUCUUCACAGACGCCCAUGGGAAUCGUAUGGAGGAGCGUGAAUUUCAGGACUCUCGUGGGACAACAUUCAAGGUGCGUACGAUAAGCAGUGAAAAUCCGAAUGCCAGCACCAACCAACGGGUGGAGGAGUUUUACGGUGCCAAGGCAGAGGGCAGCCGUGAUGGCAGGUUUCACUAUGGCAACUCCUCGUUUAAUGUGAACCCUCGUGGUGCCACAAACGACUUUGGUCAGGCAGUUUUUGGAGUGAGGACACACGGGAGACAUCCAUUUGUAGGCAUGAUGAUUAUUGCCGCAUGGGGAGUCGUCAUUGGUACGUUUUUUUUGGCUGUGUUUGCAUUUCUUUUUUCCCACCCCAUUUUUACCAUGUCCGUACUGUUUCUCAUAUUUCUUGGGCGGAUGCGUCCCUUUUGGUGA